AUGGAGAACUACCAUAUCCUAGAGAAGAUCGGUGAAGGCUCCUUCGGGCGCGUCUACAAGGGGCGCCGGAAACACAGCGCCCAGGUGGUGGCCUUGAAGUUCAUCCCCAAGGUGGGGCGGUCUGAGAAGGAGCUGAAGAACCUGCAGCAGGAAAUAGAUAUUAUGAGAGGCCUUCAUCACCCCAACAUCAUCCAGAUGCUUGACAGCUUUGAGACCAACAAGGAGGUGGUGGUGGUGACAGACUAUGCAGAGGGGGAACUCUUCCAGAUCCUGGAGGACGAUGGGAGUUUGCCUGAGGACCAGGUCCAGACUAUUGCUGCCCAGCUGGUCUCUGCUCUCUAUUACCUGCACUCCCACCGCAUCCUGCACCGUGACAUGAAACCCCAGAACAUCCUCCUGGACAAAGAUGGCGUUGUCAAGCUCUGUGACUUUGGGUUUGCCCGUGCCAUGAGCAUCCACACCAUGGUGCUGACCUCCAUCAAGGGCACCCCAUUGUACAUGCCCCCUGAGCUGGUGGAGGAAAGGCCGUACGACCACACAGCAGACCUGUGGUCUGUGGGCUGCAUUCUGUAUGAGCUGUUCGUGGGCACUCCUCCUUUCUACACCAGCAGCAUCUUCCAACUCAUCAGCCUCAUUGUCAAUGACCCCAUCAAAUGGCCUGUGGCCAUAAGCCCAGCCUUCAAGAGCUUCCUGCAGGGACUACUAAAGAAGGAUCCCCGCCAGCGCCUGUCAUGGCCAGAGCUGCUCUCUCACCCUUUCAUUGAUGGACAGGUUACUGUGAUUGAUGACACAGAAGAACAUGGGAUCUCAAACCCUUUCACCACCAAACUGUCACCAGAGCUGCAGGCCCUGAAGGAGCAGCAAGCCCAUUCUGUGCCCCCCUGCAGUGGCCAGUCCAGGAUCGUGAGAAAGGCCCAGCAGAAGAUGCUUGAGAAGGCACAGAAAAAGGGGCAACUGAAGGCAGGUGAUGCACCUAUGAAGGAUUUUGGCAAAGGAUGCCUGGGGCAUGGACCCAGAGGAGCUCCAGGGAAGGCAGCCCUCGGGGAGGGGGAGCCACAAGGUGCCUCCAACGAGAAGAACCCCAGAGUCCUGCAAGGAAAGAGCAGCAUGGCAAUGCGAGACCUGAAGGAGCCUUCUCCCAGCGCAUGGGAGCACAGCAUCACUGGACACUCCACACAGGCGUUCCCUGGAGUAGGUGCCGCUUCACAGCCUGGUGCUGGCAAGGCAGAGUCCCAGGGUGGGCACAGCAUUGAGACUGUGGACCUGGAGAGUGAGGAACUGGAGAGUGAUGAGGAGUGGCAGCAGCUGAUCGAAGCUACUGAGCCCUCGGCUAUGCAGCUGAGCCUCCUGAGUGAUCCAGCCUUCCAUCACCGUGUCCAGACCUGGCUGGCAGAGUCUGCUCAGCAGGUGCUAGAAGGGAUGCUGGAGGGAGCCUGCUCUCUCCGUCCUAUACUCCGUUUCAUGGGCAAUCUGGCUACCCGAUGUGACUCUGAGCUGCUGGAGUACUUCUUCCAAGAGCUAAAUGUGCCUCUGUCCCUGCUGUCUUUAGCCAAGCAGAUCCUGGAGAGUGGUAGCACCAAGGAGCAGCCCUGGUGUAUCACAGUGCUGACAGAUCUCCUUAUGGUGACAACAGUUUAUUUCAGCAGUGAGCACAACCUAGAGGAGAGCGUGCAAAAGGACAGCCUUCAGGCCUUCCUCAAGAGUGUCAGCUGCUUCCUAGCCCUGCUGCCUGAGCUGCUGGCUCAGCCAGCUGACAGCGAGAUGAAGCUCUGCCAGCAAAGCCUCCUGUGCUUCACCCUGCUCUGUGAGAGCUUGGAUGCGACACAUCCCUCCAUCUCAGCCCCCUUCUAUGCCAGCCUGAGAGAGAAGCAUCAGCCCCUGCUGAAUAGACUCCUCCAGGGAUCCAUCCCAGAGCAGCCUGCUUUGCAAGGUCCGGUGACAGAGGCCAAGGCAGCCCAUGACCAGAGCCCACAUAUGGAAGACUUCUUCAUGGCUGCACUGGCUGCUGCCUGCAGCAUCCCUCAGGAGAGGAAAGGCUGUCGGGAAGCCAAGCUGCAGGUUGCUCAGGAGGUAGCUGCAAAGCUUACGGAGAGCCAGCAGCUUGGGAAACUGCUGGACGGGCUGGAGUACCCAAGUUCCUCCUUAAAUGUGCUGAAGAUCCUCUAUGCUGGCUGCCAUGCCAGCCUGAGCCUGUGCCAGCACCUGGGAAGGGGACAACAACUGUGGAAUUCCCUCAUUCAGCUCUUGAAGGGCAAGGUCCCUGUGGUGGAGGUGACCCCAGGGGCAGCCUGUGAGGCCUCUCUGUACCUGCUGGCCCUGCUCACCCUGCAGCUCCAGGCUUCCCCUCCCAGGCUUGAGGAGGUGGUUACCCUGGCUGUGGAUCUCAUCACCCAGUCUCCUAUUGUGUCCCUUGUGGGUGCUGCAACAUUUCUCCUAACACAGCUCAGUCAGCAUGGGGUGGCCUUGGAACUAAGGGGAGAAGAGAUCCUACCGGUGGUGAUAAAUGUGCUGACAGCAACUGCUGAGCUGCAGCUCCCUCCACCAAUGAGUGCUGGUCUCUACGAUGCUCUCUUUUUCCUCCUGCUGAAACUCCUUGCCCAGGAGGACAUGUCCAUGGAGCAGAGCUUUGCUGCUUCAGACCUGUGGGGCGUGCUGUGGCAUCGUGUUGCCUCAGUGCUUCGUGUGGGCAGUGACAGAGCAGCACUGGAGGGAGACCCCCCCGGGGCAGGUCACCUUGUGGCAGAGCCAGACUGGAACCUCCUCUCCCCUCAAGGCACCCUGCUCUUCCUAAGCCUGGCUCUCUUUGUCUUCACUCGUGAGUCCCACUGCUGCCUGUCUCAGCUCAUCCAGUCCCACGGAGUCCUCAUGGUGACACUGAAGAGGCUGUUGUCCCCUGGCUUCCUGGCAUGCCUGGCACAAACGCAAGCAGGACAGGAUGGGGACCCUGAGCUUGUCCCAGCUGUGGUGAUCCAGGCCUGCCAGCUUCUCUGUUUUCCUUUUGCCCUGGAUGUGGAUGGAGACACCUUAGCAUUGGUCAUGGAAGCUGUAAGAGAUGCCCAGAUCCCUGCCCAGCUGCUGCAGGUCUGCUCUUGCCAUCUGCCCCUCUCAUACACUGAACUCCCCAUGAGUCUCCUGUGCCACCUCACUGUGUCUAACAAGCAGGUCAUAGACCAAGUGGUGAGGGAAGCCGCUGCCUCAGAGCACAUCAUUACCUUCUUGAUGUCUGCCUUAUUUUCAGGCAGCCUUAAGCUCACAACUGACCUCCUGUCCCUCUUGACCCACGUGGCCCGGGCCCACCCAGAGCACCUGCCCUUUCUCCAGAGCAUCCUGAGGGGCUCCGAUGUGGCAGGCCAGCCACUGACCCACCUGCUCAGCCAUAGGCAACACCUGAUACGGGCCAAAACAUGCAACCUUCUGGGCAACCUGCUCCGACAUGGCCACAGCUUUCCCUGGGUGCUGCAGAGCCAGCACGGUUUGCUGGAGAGCCUGGUGGAGUGCCUGCUGGACCAGGAGGACAGUGUGCGCAAGGCAGCCAGCUUUGCAGUGGGCAAUGCCACGUACCAUGAGUGCUGCCCAUCUAGGACCCUGGGCAGGGCUGUGCCUCAGCUGACGCGGCUGUUGGGUGAUGUGCAGGCCAGGACACGCUGCAAUGCAGCCUCAGCCCUGGGCAACCUGGGCCGGCGCUGGGCUGAGCUGGGGGACCUGCUGAUGGAGAGCAGGGUCCCUCGUGCCCUACUGGAGACAGCCUGCCAGGACCCUCGGGAGAGCGUGCGGGAGGAAGCCCUCAUCGCGCUGCGAGUCCUCAGCCAGCACUCUGAGAUGCAACAGGUCCUGCACUCCCUCAGAGCCACUGAGAAGUUGUCUGUGCUGGCCGGCGGUGAUUCUCAGCCUGCUGUUGCUGGCAUCCCCCGGCUGUCUUCUGCUCGGCACUGCGAGAAGCUCCUCCGCCUCCUCGCCCCUCUGCGCACGGGCAGCAGCGGUGCUGGAAACCUCUAA